CAGCCCAGCUCCCUCCCCAAACCCAACCAAUAGCUACGUGAACUGAGAUUAGGACAAGCCGUUACUAGUGUAUAAAAAUCCCUGGGGCAGACUUCGGCUCCACUUCCUCAUCAUUGUUCAGGGAAGCCCCAGGCAAACCCUCUUGCUCGACACCAUGGUGCACUGGACAGCCGAAGAGAAGCAGCUCAUCACCGGCCUCUGGGGCAAGAUCAAUGUGGCCGACUGCGGUGCCGAGGCCCUGGCCAGGCUGCUGAUCGUCUACCCCUGGACCCAGAGGUUCUUCGCUUCCUUCGGGAACCUCUCCAGCCCCACCGCCAUCCUUGGCAACCCCAUGGUCCGCGCCCAUGGCAAGAAAGUGCUCACCUCCUUCGGGGAAGCCGUCAAGAACCUGGACAACAUCAAGAAAAGUUUUGCUCAGCUGAGCAAACUCCACUGUGACAAGCUGCAUGUGGACCCCGAGAACUUCAGGCUCCUGGGUGACAUCCUCAUCAUCGUCCUGGCCAGCCACUUCGGCAAGGACUUCACCCCCGCCUGCCAGUCCGCCUGGCAGAAGAUGGUCCGGGUGGUGGCCCACGCGCUGGCCCACGAGUACCACUGAGCCUCCCACAAGCUUUUGUGCCUGGAGAUGCUCCCAGCUCACAGGGAAACAUCCUCUGGUUCUGCUGGUCUUUAAUUGCCAAAUAAACACCAACUACUUCAGCCAUGAA